GGCUGGAGGCCAUAUUGUCACCCUACACCCGUGUAUGUGUCACAAGUGAAUUUGUUAUAGAUGGCAAGAUGUCGAGGAACAGCAUUGGAAAACAGUUCAUGACUGGGAUAUGCUUUGGUAUCGUUGUCUACUAUCUGUUCGUUCCAUCUCUUUACGAUAUCCGGAAACACAAUCGACACGACCUAGGGAAAAUACAGAGUGAAAACCGGAAGGAACCAGUGAAGGAAAAAGAACUACCGAAAAAAAUGGACGAUGUUGAAUUUAGUAAUCUACAAUUUCAGGACUUGAAUGAGGAUAAACAUCAUCACCAUGAUAAUUCAGAGGUGGCAGAUGUACUGAGGAACAAUAUCACUGUGUUUUGUGCUAUAAUGGCAAGAACGGUCGAUCUCCCGAAAAAAUCAACAGCUAUUCACAAAACAUGGGCAAAGCGAUGUACACACGUAGUCUAUAUUGCGUAUAACGUCACUUCCUCUUAUGAGUUUCCGGUCAUACCAGACGUAUCCCCCGAACGUCUAACUUUCUACAGGGAAAGGAUUAAGAACGUCAUCGGUUUAAUCAUGCAAACGUAUAUCAAUGAAUGUGAUUGGUUUUUAAUAGCUACUGAUGAAACCUACGUCAUCAUGGAAAACCUACGUUAUUUUCUGUCUGAUAAGGAUCCCACAAUGCCAGUCCUAUACGGUCGAGUCAAUCCACUAAAACAUGUCACAUUUAAAAAAGCCGGGCUAUCAUGGCAAUAUAACAUUGCUAAUAUGGGAUUUGUGAUGAGCAAGGAAGCUGUUAAGCGUGUAUCCGCCAUUGACUACACGGAAAUAUCAUGUAAAAGUCACGUGACCGGGGAUGCCUAUCAAGAUCUCUGUAUGGAUGUCGUCGGUAUCAUUCCCGGGUCGACGAAGGAUGUGGAUGGUCGGGAAAUGUUCAACUGUGUGCCCCUGGAGCAUCUGAGUACCAUAUACUUCCCUGAACAUGAAGAGGUUGGGGCGACAGGCAAAGUUACAGUCAGUGACUACGCUAUAUCGUUUUGUAUGGUAAAUGCGCCUAAACAGUUUGGAAUAGAAUUCCACACGUACCACUUACGGGCUUACGGAAUACAGAAACUGCACGUGUACUGACAUUUAUGUAGAAUGAUUCGUGGGAAAGUGUUUAAAGAAAGCGGGAAAACCACAGCCUCCUCAUCGCCGGCAACCCACGACACAGAGCGUGGGAUUCCUACUCGAGUCUCACUCCAACGACAGGAAGUCUCCGGAUUUUCCGACUCGAGUCUCACUCAAACGACAGGAAGUCUCCGGAGUUUCCGACUCGAGUCUCAUGUAAACGACAGUGCAAAGUCUCGGGAAAUUCCGAGACUUGAGUCUCACUCAAACGACAGUGCAAAGUCUCGGGAAAUUCCGACAGAGCAGAAAAUUAUGGGAUUUCGACGAUACACUCCGAAGAUAGCAUGGGUGACUCGAGUGGAAGGGAGUAAGGCGUAGUAUGUACUAUGUACAUGUAGGUUAUUUAUACCGAGACAGAUAAAGAUAUUGUUUGUUGUUGACACAGAGAGAAACCAUAUCGAUACCAACAACUCAUUACAUUACACACCUACUAGCGAAGAAUAAUUCUAUAUACUUUGUCUUUAUACGUGAUUUUUGAAAUUAUCUGUCCAUCUUAAAAACUCAAGUAAAUCCUUACAGUUAGAUAUUAAACUUCGAUCCAUUAUAACAUUGUGUGUAUGAGGAUUCCAGUUAAAAUGAAUACCAUUCUGACUGCUAUGUUAUAUAAACUUAUAAGAAACAUUCCAUACAGACGCUGGCCUCGUUGUAUCCUGUCCAUGUAUGUAUUGGAAAAUAUUGCACAGCCGAAUUGUGAAAGGAUAAAACGUAUGCUUAGUAAAUGAAACCGAAUCAUACAGCCAAAUCUAAACAAAGUGUGAAAAUUCAGAAGUAAAUCUCUUAAGACUGAAAUAGAGUGAGGUAUGCAAGGACAUGUACAAUUUUCCAAUAAUUCAAUUAUUUUGAUAUUAAUGUUUGUAUAAUUUAAAAGAAUAAAUGUAUAUAUUUAA